CUUGCAAGAAGCUGUGAGGAAGCUGAGCACAAUCGCGCUUGCUCAAUAAAACCUCUUGAACUUGGCUGAGAAGGCCUCUCUCUCUAUACGAAACAUCUUUGGCACAACAUGGGCUGGGACGAAAUAUGCGUGACUCUCAUCCUUGAUUAUGCAGAACGAACGCAAGUCUACGAUAAUGACUUGCGCUUCUUCCGACCCAAUGACAACGAUGAGAAAGCAUCGUGGAGCUUCGUCGACAGCGGUGCCUGUCAAGAAUUCCACAUGGACCUUGCCGCCAUCGGUCGAUAUCCAGGGAUAGAAGAAAAUGGCGCGGAAAUAUUCGAGGAGAUAGAUCUCGACACCAGCCUAUCCAGCGACAAUUCCAGUGCGGAGAAUGUGUGUCUGAUCGGUGGACUGGCAUAUCAUCAGGCCUUUGACGACCGUUACGUCAUAAGAAAGCCAGGCAAGUCGGUGUACAGAGUGCCCGGCGGCGCGAAAAGGACCGUUGACCUCGAUGAGGUUCAGACAGACUGGGCCCGACUAGGAUCGCAUUCUUUCGAGGUGUCUGCCUGUGUAGGAGGCUUUCUCGUUCAUUCCCGCUGCUGGGAACUAUUACAGGGUGUUGAGAUAGCCUACUCUCAAAAGACUGGUCACGUAGGGUGCAUGACACCUAGAGCAUUCUGGUUGGUGGGGACCAAGGCGAUCGCAUGUCAAGCGCAAUUACGUGGAAAGCAAGCAGCAUGCCGGUCAUUCAAAUGGCUUGAUCAUGUCGAAGUAGAGCACUUGCACGAACAGUGGGCCAGACCACUGGGAGCAUUGCACGAAAGACGGGACAAAUUCAAAGAGAGACUGUCUGCCGCCGUGAAGCGCUCUAUCGCUGGGCAAGGCGUCGACCUCGUCAUUCGAGACGAGAUUCGAGACAUCUCCGAGGCGUGGGCUUGGCAGCCUCCUGACAGGUAAGACGGAAGACAUAGCACCACCUCAUGAAAUCGAAAUUUUGAAAUGAUUUAUACAGGGUCCAGCU